AUUGGUGUUUUUGUUUUUAUUUUUGUAUUUUUGAGACAGGGCCUUGCUAUAUAGCCCAGGCUGGACUUGAACUCACGGUGAGCCUCCUGCCUCAGCCUCCUAAGUACUAGUACUGGGGCAUGUGUUACCAUGCCUAGCCUGUUUUUAAAUUUUUUUAAUUAGUCCAUGUUUGCAGGGCAUAAUGGUUACCUCCAUCUUGGGGAGUGGGCACAGGUGCAUAACACAUCUUCAUUCGCUGUCUCUUUUUGGUACCGGGGAUUGAACUCAGGACCUUGUGCUUGCAAGACAGGCGCAGUGCCACUGAGCUGCAUCCCCGGCGAAUCACGUCUCUUCCUAUUAGAUUUAUUUCACUUGGCAUCACGGUCCCAGGGUCCGUGCGUUUUCCUGUAAAUGACUCAGAUUUAUCUGUAUGGCAGAGCAGUGCUCCGCUGUGUAAACACCGCUUUUUCUUUAGCCGUCCUUCUCAUGGACACAGAGGCCGCUUCCCUAACUUAGCGACUGAGAUUUGUGCAGCUGUAAACAUGGUAUGCGUUUGUCAUUGCAGCGUGGGGACUGACUUUCAGGAAGACACCCGGAAGGGGCACAGCUGGCCCCACGGGCUUUUCUGGCUUUAGUGCUCGGGUAGCCUCCUCACCCACCUCCCUAGCGGUUGCUCCCCCCCCCACCUUGAUUGUUUUUUGUCCUCGAUGGUGGCCGAUCUUUCAGGAGGAAGGAGUCAGCGCUGUUUUGAUUUGCACUCCAGGCACAUUUUCACACAGUGUCAAAGACCGGACAGGAGAGCAAGGCACUCUCAUUGGCCCUUUCUGGAACAGGCGCUUCCCGGGCUGUCCCGCGAGCCUCUCUCAGGCCUGGCCCGCCUUGUUCCCUCACCACAGGCUCAGCUGGGAGGCGGACACGGAACGCAGUGCUUUCUCUGGCCGCGUCUGGCCGCGUAAUCACACGGGGUCCCCAUCGCGUCCCUCCACGCAAGCCUGCGCCUCCUGGCUGUUCUCCUCAGCAGGACCCAGCCUCCCCUCAGUGGGCGCGGCCUCGUGAGGCGGAGCAGCCCAUCUCUUCGCGUCCCAGCCUUGCACCUUUUCUGGUGCGGUGUCCGGUGUCUCCCUCCCCGUGGCCUCUCGCCCUGCUCCCCGUCCUCAGCUGAGGGCCUGGUGUGGAGAGGGCCUGGCCUUCCUCACUUCUCUAGUCCCUUCCCUUUCUGAGUCCGCGUGGCAGGUGCUCAGCCCCGCUGGCCGCCCCUGGCCCUUCCGAGGCUCCCUGUGGCCCUCAGCACCUGGUUUCCCGUAGGCGGCGAUGGGCCCUCGCUCCUGUGCACCCUCGCCCUCUGCCUCUGGGCCCCUCCCUGGCAGGCUGCCUGGCACGGAGGCGGCCCCGGGCCCGAUGCCUUCCGAAGUGCCCACUUGUCCCAGAGGAAAGGCAUAGUCCUCGCCUGCCAAGCCCUCCCCGCCUGAGGAGAAGCGGGCUCCGUGGAGGGAAGGCUAGGGUGGCUGGCAGGCUCUGCUGCUCGGUGAUGCCGCUUCUGCUUCUGGUGGCAGUCACCGUCGCCGGCUGGGGCUCCGGGCUCUCUGACCGACAUAGGCCACCCAUCCUCUCCACAGACUCCUGCGCCGGCCAAUGCCGGCCACUUGGCUCCCCUUCCAGAGAGUCCACAUUUCCUGUUCGCUUGUGUGAACUGGUGGCGUAGGGGAGACUUUCUGCCCCUUUGCUCAGCCCACACAGACGCCCAGAGCUCCACAGGGCCCUGUCAGAAUGUGGGCGGCUCCCCGUCAGCCAUGGUCCUCAGCUGGAGUCUUAGGCCAGAAGGCCAAGACCACAGGACAGGUCGCUCCCAAAGUCCUGUAACGCCAUGGUUGGUUCAGACAGACCCAGACUGCCCCCCAGGCCUGGGGCAGGACUGGGCUGUUGCCCUUGAACAAAACCCAAGUUGUGUUAGCGAGAGAGAAGGCAGAAAAAACUGCCGGGUGGCACCAGACAGGGUUGGCCGCAAACCUGUAUGACUGGGUGGAGCUGCUGCCCAGGAGUCAGGGAGGAGAGCUCCGCCUGCAGCCUGAGGUGUGGCUGGCCAGGAGGAGGGGCAGGUGGGGGGCUGGCGCUUGGAGCAUGAGGUCACCUCAGAGAGAGGAGGCAGUGGCCAGACCCCCAGGGCCUGGAGGCGUGGCUCAGUGGUGGAGCGCAUGCCUAGCACAAGCAGGGCCCUGGGCUCCAUCCCCAGCAGGGCCACCAUGCAGACCACAGACAUCCUGGUCCCAGGGAGAGGUGGUGGACUCAGAGGAGAUGGAGCAGGGGAAGAGGAAGGAGCCACAGCUGGCUGGGUCAUGGUCUCGUCUCCCUAACCAGCCUGGGCUCCUUUGGCCUGGAUGCCAUCUGCACCUCCCGGUGUUUGCUCCUCUGGCAGGCCAGGUUUGGGGGCCAUAGGUUGGGGGACCUCCCCUCACAUCCGCUGUGCCAGCCUCCUGCUGGUGCCCAAGAUGCUGGGCAAAGAGGGCAGGCUGUUUGUCCUGGGAUACGCCCUGGCUGCUGUCUAUGCAGGGCCAGCGGCCAAUCUGAGGCACAACCUCAAUGAGGUGGUAGCGUCGCUGGGCUGCACUGUGGAGCUGCAGAUCAACAACACCCGCUCGGCCUGGCGCGUCUCCACAGCCCCACUCCGGGCAGUGUUCAAGGACCUGCUGGACAGCAAAGAAGCCCUGAACGCAGAGACUCGGAACAUCUCCACUGCCUUUGAGGACCUGGAUGCCCAGGUGAGCAGCGAGGCCGGCUACGCACCUGAGGACGCCAUGGACCCCGAGGAAACAGCCCGCAGCACUCGGCCUCACCUGUCAACCCAGAAGAUGUUCGAGCUGAAGACCAAGCUGCGCUGUUCCCACGUGGUGAACCAGGCUAUCCUCAGCUGCCACCGCUGGUUUGACCGAAAGCAUGAACAGUGUGUGCAGCGCGUCUGGGUCCCGCUCCUGAACCACUUGCUCUGCCUGCCGAUGAAGUUCAAGUUCUUCUGCAGCAUCACCAAGGCGAUGGAGGUCUGGUGCCGCAGCCGUAUCCCAGUGGAAGGCAACUUUGGGCAGACCUAUGAUUCCCUCAACCAGUCUAUUCGCAGCCUGGCCGGGGAAUUUUCAGGCAACAUUGACAUCAAGGAGGAAAAGCAGGCCGGGGUGCUGGGCCUCAACACGAGCUGGGAGCACGUGAGCACUGAGGUGCGAAACUACGUGGAGCAGCAAGAGGCCCGGCUGGAGUGGGCCCUGGGGCUGCUGCACACGCUGCUGUCCUGCACCUUCCUGCUGGUUCUGCGAGGGUCCUUCUCCUACAUGGACCGCUAUAACCAGGACAUUCGCUUUGACAACAUCUACAUCAGCACCUACUUCUGUCAGAUCGAUGAGCGCAGGAAGAAGCUGGUGAGGGCACAGCUCUGCCUAAGGGUGCCUGUGUGGUCUGGAGCUCCAGGAGGGCUGAGGGAAGGGCAGAGCCCUCGGGUCCCUCUGUGGACGAUGCUUCUCCAGGGCAAACGGACUCUGCUGCCGCUCCGCAAGGCUGAGAAGAAGGCCCUCAUCUUCCCCUGCAAGCCUACUAUCCAGGCCUCAGAAACAAGCAAUCUGGCACGGGAGCUCCUGGAGGCGCUGCCCAUCCUGCUGCUUCUGCUGGUGCUCUGUGGGCUGGACUGGGCGCUCUACUCGGUCUUCGACACCAUCCGCCAACACUCCUUCCUGCAGUACUCCUUCCGCAGCAGUCAUAAACUGGAGGUGAGAGUCGAGGGAGACUCCAUGCUCGCCCGGCUUCUUCGGAAGACCAUUGGGGCUCUGAACACCUCUUCAGACACAGGGGUGGAAUCAAACAACAUGCCCUGCCUGCCCCAGCCAGUGGGGCUGGAUGCCAGGGCCUACUGGAGGGCCACUUUCCCCGUCGGCCUCUUGCUGUGUCUCUGCCUGGCCCAGGCUUUCGGCUAUCGGCUCCGGAGGGUCAUCGUAGCCUUCUACUUUCCCAAGCGGGAGAAGAAGCGGAUCCUGUUCCUCUACAACGAGCUACUGAGGAAGAGAGCAGCCUUCACCAAGCUGAGGCGGGCUGCCAUCGUGAGGCGGGCCCAGCAGCAGAGGGCUCUGCGCCCCGCCCUGGUGGACUCCUUGCACCGCGGCUGCCCAGUCCUGCGCCGCUGGCUGAGCCGGCGCUGCGUGGUGUGCCAGGACCGCGAGACGCCCGAGUCCCACGCGUGCCCCACGCCAGCCUGCCAGGCCGUGUACUGCCGGCCGUGCUGGGACGACAUGCGGCGGCGGUGCCCGGUCUGCACGCCCCGCGAGGAGCUCUCCUCUUCCGCCUUCAGCGACAGCAACGACGACACAGCCUACGCCGAGUGAAGGGCUCGCGGUUCGCUCCCCGCCCGCUACCCGCUCAAUAAAGCGCCCAGUUCGCCCCGCCGCCUGCGCUUCGUGGGGGUCGGGGCGAGGGCGCUGCCCGAGAGCCGGCCGCUUGACCCCACAGGGCCGGACCACGGACCUGAGGCGGGAAGGCAGC